UGUGGCAGUCACAUUAAACUGCAGUCAAGCAAGAUGAAUGAUGUGAAAAGGAGCCAGCUUCACCUAGAUGUUAAUGAGAUGCCUGCCGUUGGCCAGAAAGAGGACAGUGUUCCAGAGAUCACAGGAACUCGACGUUUGCGGAACCGAGAGCUGCUGAGGAAAAGAAAAGCUGAAGCCCAGGAAAGACAAACGGCACAGUGGCUUGGAUCACAAAACCAAAGCAAACGACAAAGAACAGCAAAAGGCCGAGGCCGGCCACACACUAAAGAAACAGAGAAGGAGCCUCCACUACAAGUUGUGAGAGUGGAAAAGGAAGAAAAAGCAAAGAAAGAACUGCCAUCUCUAGAGCAGCAGAAGGAGCCGCUGGUGACUGCUGCCAAGGACCUCCAUUCUACAGAAAACCAAGAAGCGACUGUGAUAGAACAUGCCCCUAAAACAUAUCAGCAUGCAGCUAUGCCUCAAGACUACACAACUGAAACAUACCAAGAGACAUCUGAGCCUAAGGAUCUUUCUCUUAAAACAUGCCAAGAAACAGCUGUGCCUGAAAAACAUACCUCUACAACAUACCAAGAAACCACUGUGUUUAAAGAGCUGUCUCCUAAAACAUGCCAAGGAACAGUUGUACCUGAAUCUUUCUUUCCUAAAAGAUACCAAGCAACAGCUCUCCCUAAAGAUUGCUCUCCGAAAAUAUGUCAAGAAACAGCUAUCACUGAAAAGUAUGCACCUAAGAGAUGCCAAGAAACAGCUGUACCUGAAGAGUGUUCUCCUAAAACAUGUCAAGAAAUAGGUGUGUCUGCAAAAUACACCCUUGAAACAUACCAAGAGACAGCUGUACCAGAAUCUUCCUCUCCUAAAAGAUACCAAGAAACAACUGUUCCUAGAGAUUGCUUUCCUAAAACACAUCAAGGAACAGUGAUCGCUGAAAACUAUGCAUCUAAGAGAUGUCAAGAAACAGCUGUGCCUGAAGAGUUUUCUCCUAAAACAUAUCAAGAAAUAGAUGUGUCUGCAAAAUACACCCUUGAAACAUACCAAGAGACAGAUGUUCCUGAAGAUCUCUCUCCUAGAACAUUACGAGAAAGAGCUAUAACUGAAAAUUCUUCACCUAAAAGAUGCCAAGAAACAGCCAUUUAUGAGGCACUUUCUCCUAAAAUAUGCCAAGAAAGGGCUGCGCCUGAAAAAUACACCCGUGAAACAUGCCAAGAGACAGCUGAAACAGAAUCUUCCUCUCCUGAAAGACACCAAGAAACAACUGAUCCUAAAGAUUGCUUUCCUAAAACACAUCAAGAAACGGUGAUUACUGAAAACUAUGCAUCUAAGAGAUGUCAAGAAACAGCUGUACCUGAAGAGUUUUCUCCAAAAUCAUGCCAGGAAAGAGCUGUGUCUGAAAGAUACAACCUGAAAACAUACCAAGAAACAGUUGUGCCAGAAAAAUACACCUCUAGAACAUGCCAAGGAGCAGCUGUGCCUAAAGAUUGCUUUCCUAAGACAUGCCAGGAAAGACCUAUGUCUGAAAAAGGAAAUAGAUGCACUUGA